UAUUUCAUUUUGGGUUAAAAUAGCCGAGUUAUAUACUUGGACACACGUGUCAGACAUGGGUAUCCGAGUACAAGUAACACAGUCCAAGAGUGCCCAUAUAAUAGAGUACUCUAACUAGAAGAUUGCAACAUUAUUAGAGCAGGGCUAGUGAAUGAUAAAGUCUUUGUUAUUCACUCAGCAUUGAAGAAACAAAAAAAAAAAAGAAGUGAGAAAUUUCAAUGGGUAAUAGAAGAUGGAUUUUUACUCUUAUGAUAAUCUUGGGGUUAAAUUUUGUGUUUAACAUUAGACAAUCUAUUGCUUUGAAAAACUACCAUACUAGUUUGCUCAACCGUACUUCCUUUCCUCAAAAAUUCAUUUUCGGCGUUGCUUCUUCAGCUUACCAGUAUGAAGGUGCAGCGAAGGAGGAUGGUAAAGGUCCUAGCAUAUGGGAUACCUAUGUUCAUAAAUAUCCAGGUAAAAUCGUGGAUGGUAGCAAUGGCGAUGUUGCUACAGAUUCUUACCAUCGAUACAAAGAAGAUGUGAAGCUCAUAAAAGAAAUGGGAUUAGAUGCUUUCAGAUUUUCAAUUUCGUGGUCCAGGUUACUGCCAAAAGGAAAGCUAAGUGGAGGAAUCAAUCAGAAAGGAAUCAGAUACUACAACAAUCUCAUCAAUGAGUUACUCAAAAAUGGUAUAAAGCCCUUCGUGACCCUAUUUCACAGUGAUCUUCCUCAAGCUCUAGAAGAUUAUUAUGGAGGAUUCUUAAGUAGAAAUAUAAUAAAUGAUUUUAGAGACUAUGCAGAGCUAUGCUACAGAAAAUUCGGCGACAGAGUUAAGUAUUGGACUACACUGAAUGAACCACUGUAUUAUGACUUAACUGGCUAUGCAGUAGGAUAUGGACCACCAGGUCGAUGUUCGAAAUGGCAGAAUCUCAAUUGCUCUGCCGGUGAUUCCGGAACUGAGCCUUACGUUGUGGCUCACAACCUACUUCUUGCUCAUGCUGCUGCUGCCAAGCUGUACAAGCAAAAAUAUCAGGCAUCUCAAAAGGGAAAGAUUGGCAUUGUUUUGGCAACAAAUUGGUAUGUACCAUUAUCAAAUUCUAUACAAGACCGCGAUGCUACUCAACGAGCACUCGACUUUACAAUUGGGUGGUUCAUGGAACCUCUUACAACAGGAAAUUAUCCACACAGCAUGAGUUCUUUAGUCAAGGAUCGAUUGCCAAAGUUCACGAAAGAGCAGUCAAAGAUGAUAAAAGGGUCUUUUGAUUUUCUAGGAUUGAAUUAUUACACUGCUUCGUAUGUAGCGAAUGCUCCUCCAAUGUCUUUCAAUGGCUCAAUAACGAGAUUCAGCUACCUUUCAGAUUGCAUUGGUACCUAUUCAAAUGAACGUCAUGGAGUUCCCAUUGGUCCAAAGGGUGCUACAAACGGGUUUUACAGUUAUCCAAGAGGGCUACGGGAUCUUCUGCUUUACAUGAAAGACAAGUACAACUCACAAGAGAUAUAUAUCACCGAAAAUGGAAUUGGUGAGCAGAAUAAUUCCUCAUUAUCACUUAAAGAAGCCCUAGCUGACACGAUACGGAUAGACUACCACUACCAUCAUUUGCAUUACUUAAGAGAAGCAAUUCAAAAUGGUGUUGAUGUAAGGGGAUACUUUGCUUGGUCACUGCUGGACAAUUUUGAAUGGAAUUUUGGUUAUACAAUCAGAUACGGGAUCAAUUAUGUCGAUUUUCAGAACGGGUUGAAGAGGUAUCCUAAAAGCUCUGCCUUGUGGUUCAAAAAAUUUCUGCGGAAAUGAGAUCAUCUUAGCUAUAUGUUCAUCUGUAGUUUUCCUAGUGUAUUUUUAACUUAUGAAUUGGGUAUUGUUUCAAAUUUUAACAGUUAUAGCUAUUGACUGUACACUUGCCUGAUAAUCUGAAUUCCGACAGCAUGCAAUUACAAGAAUAAGCAUUCAUAGUAAGAGUUGAAUAA